UGUGAUUGGGUCCUCCCGUUGGCUAGUUGGUUGACUUUUACAAAUUGACGGAGGACUACAGAGUGUCGACACUUAAAUGGCUAGUUAGAUUCAUUUCAUCGUAUUUAUUUGAUCAAAAACAUGAAUUUCGUCUGGUCCCGCCUUUCUAUUGGGAACAUUUUAGGUCAGAAGUGCAGACAGGCUGCUGAAACAUGGAGCCACAGAGGGAUGUGCAAUAAACCACAGGAGGUCAAAACAGAGCCUCUGCCUUCAGCUCCAGCAGAAGCGCCCCGUCCAGCGUUCAGAAUUCCAGGCUCCAGACCCUCGGCCCUGGACAAGAAGAUGUUGCUCUGGUCGGGACGUUAUAAGAGCGCGGACCAGAUACCAGAGUUUGUGCAGUUUGAGGCAAUUAGUGCUGCCAGAAACAAAAUCAGGGUAAAAGCCUGCUACGCAAUGAUCUUGUUGACACUAAGUGCGUGCCUGGUGAUGGUGAUCCAAGGCAAGCGGGCUGCAGGCAGGAACGAGUCACUGGCAGCUCUAAACCUGGAGAAAAAAGCUAAGUGGAGGGAGGAACUGCAGAAAUAGAGGGAAGCUGCUCGGUGAUGGAGGACAGCUUGUCCCUUCAGAGCCAUGUCAUUUUCCCCCAAAUACUGGGGCAAUAGUGUCCCCCUUCCCACGGUGUGUAUCAUAACUUCAAAGCUCUCCACUCCCAUUCCUUUGGAGAAUUAGAGAAACCAAAAUCUGUCAGAGCAGCUGAUAAUUAGUUGAACUUUUGCAACCAACAGAUUGACUUUAACACACAACCAUGGAUUAUUUAAUCAUAUUGAAACCCAGUGUGAAUGUAUUAAAAACUUGCACCUGUUUUUGAGGAAGCUACACUAAACAUUUUUGUGGUGGCAGCAUGUGGUUGUGUUAGUGGAAACCUGACACCAUAAUGCAGGUUUUAAGAUUUUUGAACCGAUUAUUGGCACAGCAAAAUCAUGAUUUCCAGGUAGUAAAUCAGUUUCACAGACCCACCAGUUGGGAUUUAAGUACUUUGUCAAUGUUUCUAGUAAACUUUAAACACAUACCUCUCAAGCUAUCCAGCAUAACUGCCUUAGGUCUACCUGUUUUUAAAUUUGCCUCAAAGGCAGAAGUCUUGUUUUUAUUCACCUUGUUAAGACACAUAAGCCCCCAAAGGUUCAAAUGGUCUUCGGUUUUGUAAUGUGAACAUCAAGAAGUAGCUCAGGCAUCUGUACAAUGGUCUGUCCUGUCCCCCCACUCACGUAAUUAGGCUUGUUUGUGACAUCUGUGUUUGUAUAUAGUCAGCACCAAAAGGAUUUAGUUCAAUAAAGUAAAGCUUCUUUAGA